AUGGCGAUGGCGGCGCCGGCGAGGAAACCCGGGACGGUGGCGCUGCUGCUGUGCUUUCUUGUGGCAUCUCUCCUCCUGGCCUCAUCGUUCGUUGCAGCUGCAGCAGAAGCCUACGGUGCAGGCAGGAAGAUGAAGCAAACAGCUGUGAAUGGCUACCCUGGAACUAAUUUACCCCCGGGAUCAUACGGAUCAUACCCGACGGCGCCAUGA